CCCAGGUCCUCGCGCGCGGUGGACCGGCCACGGUGGCUCAGCCCCCAUCCGGACCUUCCCAGGAAAUGGAGGCCGAGGCGGAGGCCCUCGCUGCAGCACCGCCUCAGCUCCUGGAGGCGGAGGCAGAGCACUCUCUGAACACGUCGGGGGACAGGCCAGGAGACGUCGGUCCCUACGACUUGACCAUCCUUCAUUUCAACGAUGUUUACGAGGUGGACCCGCGGCCUGAGGAGCCGGUGGGAGGCGCCGCCAGAUUUGCAACAGCUGUGAAAAAGUUCAGUUUCCUGAAUCCACUUUUGAUUUUUAGUGGUGACUGCUUAAACCCUUCAGUUUUAAGUACAAUAACGAAAGGAAAGCAUAUGAUUCCUAUUUUAAAUGAAUUGGGAGUACAUUGCGCAGUUUUUGGAAACCAUGAGUUUGAUUUUGGUGUGGAUGUUUUGGAAGAAUACAUCAAACAGAUGCAUUUUACAUGGUUACUCAGUAAUGUCUAUGACAGAUUUACUUCUGAACCUCUUGGACAUGGUGCAGUAAAAAAAAUAGUGACUUGGAACAAUAUGAAAAUAGGGCUAAUGGGGUUAGUUGAAGAAGAUUGGCUAGAUACUUUGGCUACAGUUAAUAAAUCAAAUGUAAACUAUAAAGAUUAUGUUGAAGUUGCUAAUGAAACGGCAGUAGAACUGAAAGAAGAAGGAGCAGAUCUUGUUAUUGCAAUAACUCAUAUGAAAUGGGGAAAUGAUACAAGGCUUGCCCAAACAGCAGAAGGGGUCAAUUUGAUUCUAGGAGGCCAUGACCAUGAUUAUGGAAUCAGGAAGGUGAAUGAAACCUGGAUUGUCAAAAGUGGAUCUGAUUUUAAAUACCUGACAAAAAUAAAUAUAAGACACUUUGAUGCAUCUUUCCAAUAUGUAUUUGAGAAAGUGGAAAUUGUUAGUUAUUUGGAAGAAGAUUCAUAUAUUAAAGCAAUAGUAAAAGAUUUUACUCAAAACAUACAGUAUAUGUUGGAAGAAGUCCUCUGCCCCAUUGAUAUGGAAUUAGAUGGUCGUGAAAUUACUGUGAGAAGAUCUGAGAGCAAUCUUGGGAAUCUGGUGACUAAUGCAAUGCUGGAAGCUACUCGUGCUGAUGUCGCACUACUUAAUUCAGGCACCCUCAGAUCAGAUCGGAUACAUCCAGCAGGGAAUUUCACUUUGCAUGAUCUUUUGGCAAUUCUUCCUAUAGUGGAUCCAGUUUUAGUUGUCAAAGUCACAGGUGCACAGCUGCUGGAAGCACUUGAAAAUGGAGUUUACAAAUACCCAGCUCUAGAUGGAAGAUUUCCUCAAGUUGCUGGAAUAGAAUUUGGAUUUGACCCAGAUGCAGAACCAGGACAUCGAAUCAUAAGAGAUACUGUAAAAGUUCAAGGACAAUAUUUACGGAAAAAAAAAAUUUACCUUCUUGCUAUAAAGGAGUACAUUGCAAAUGGGAAGGAUGGCUAUAUUAUGCUUAAAAGUUGUCCUCGAAUGUUUGACACAGAAACUGCACAAGUCCUUUCGACAGUUGUCAUGAAUCACUUUGAAUCAAUAAAGAUUGUGCAGGGAAGGAAGCAGUGUCUUUCAGGCCAUCGAAUGAGUUUAAUCACCACCACCAGCAGAUCGCCAUCACUAACAGCCUUUGAGAAAGAAUCAGAGAAACCGUUAGCAGUAAUUGCAGUACCUGGCAUAGAAGGACGGAUUUGCCAUAUUUCUCAGGACAUGAAAGAACAUUUGCACCAACUUAGAACUGCAAGGAAACAAGGCUUAAGAACUUUUCCCACCAUCAGUGAUAAUGCACCUGCAAAUUCCGAUUCGGAUUGAAAUACUAAAUAUGUAAUGUUAGUCAAUACCAGAAUGAACCUGAACAACUAGUAUAAUUUUACCAUUGUUAAGCAUAGUAAUGUAAUUUUGAUUCUUUUGUAUUUUUCUAGAAUUGAUUUUAAUUCUGGAGAUAUUGCUAUAAAUGUUUUUUUAUUUGAUUCUUAUCAAGUCAUGUAUCUUUGACUCUUCAAUGUUUUACACAAGAAACAAGACCUGAGUACUUGUGCACAUGUUCGUGAUUUAAGAAUAGACAUCGCAUAGCGCUUCCGAAUUAAAUGACUUCCAUACUCACCUUUCCACAGUACUUACUUGUACAUUUUUUCUUUUCCCUCUUAAUCUUUUUUUGCUUAUUUUUUUGCAUCUGGAUUAAAUAUAUGUGUUCUUUUUCUUCCCUUGCUGGUUUAAAACUACGUUGUUUUGCUUUCUGACACAGAAUAGAGGAAAAUGAGUGAUUAUAAAACAAUGAUCAUUAUUGUCCUUUAUUCCAGUAAAGAUGAUGAUGAGGUUGUAUAGCAAUGGAAUAUUUAUAGAAGUCCUGAGUUUUUCAUUUUAAUGAAAUAGACAGUGUGGAAGCUUUCAUACAGUUUUCUUACCUGUUAUCAUUUAAGUUAAAGCAAUUCUUCUUCUUCUUAGAAAUGAGAGGGAAUAGUGUAGCAUUAAUCAAAUGACAAAUCCUUUCACAAAAAUUUAAAACCAGGUGGGACUAAAUUUAUAAUAGGCUUAUAAAUUGGCUAAUUAAUUGAAAAAUAAUGUUUCUUCCUCAUCUCUGAUAGUUAUAAUCUUUGGAAAUAAAAUGCAUCACCUUUUCAGCUUCACUUUUUCUGUGAAAACCUGCAGAUCAUAAUUAGGGCCAAAGGGCAUUCUGUUUCUAGGGAGGCCAUGUAUGCCUUUUAUUGUGAAUUCAUAGAAAGAAAGAAACAUACCCAGUUAGUGUCUUGCUUAGAAAGAAUGAGUAGCAGUACCAAUGAGGUACAUACACUAGCAUAAUUAAUUUAAAUGGAGGUUUACCUGGUAGAACUGUGAAGGUUCACUUUAAUUAUUUAUUUUAAAGUUCUAUUCCUUUCUGCUUUUAGCUCUCUCUUAGCCAUGUACAGAAAAGGAAGUACUGACAUAUGUAUAUCCUGAUUCUCUCUGAUGAACCCAUGGUAAUAGAAAGCAUACAGGAAUAGAAUACUUUGUUCCCAACAGCAAUUUUAGCUUUCAUUUGAAUAAUUAGAUACGAGGUAGAUUUUAGAAUUCUAUUUUUAAAUUAGCAGAAGCAUAUAGACUCUUAGGUUACAAGAACUUUAUUCUGAAUUCCUCAGGAUCUGUUAUUGGCCUUUAAAUAGGGUUUAGAUUAUGGCCCAAAUUGAAUUAUGCAUCAUUUAUAUAGUAAGUGGGCAUUCAUUCAUUCAAGAAAUAACUUUGUUGAAUGUGUACCUUUUUGGUUUUGAGAAUGUGUGAAUGAAUCUGAGGGACUUGGUGGUAUGUGUAAUUGUAGAGUUUCGCCGUAUGUAGAAGUGCUGUUUCCUGUAAAGGUGUUUGAGGGGCCGGCGCUGUGGCGCAGCAGGUUAAUGCCCUGGCCUGAAGUGCCGGCAUCCCAUAUGGGCAUCGGUUCUAGUUGCGCCACUUCUGAUCCAGCUCUCUGCUGUGGCCUAGGAAAGCAGUAGAAGAUGGCCCAGGUCCUUGGGUCCCUGCACCUGCGUGGGAGACGCAAAAGCUCCUGGCUUCGGAACUGCACAGCUCUGGCAGUUGCGGCCAUCUGCGGGGGUGAACCAUCGGAUGGAAGACUUUCUCUCUCUGCCUCUCCUCUCUCUGUGUAACUCUGACUUUCAAAUAAAUAAAUAAAUCUCUUUUUAAAAAAAAAAAAAAGAAAGAAAGUGUUUGAGUAGAAGGAAAUGUAAUCAAGGAGGCUAAGACCAUAACUGGAGUUAAUUCAUAGCAAAAAACUGAAGCAAAAGCAUAGGUGAGGAUAAAAGAGAAGAGUUGUAAAAAAAGGUAUCUUAUUUGACUGCAUCACAACUUAUUACUUCUGGCUUUGAUAUGUUACUGAUACUAACUUUGAAUAGAAAUGCUUUGCAUGGUAUAGAUUAAAUAAUUUUACUUUGGAAAGAUGGCAAAUCUACAAUAGCUUUUCAAAUUAUGUCAAUCAAAAUAGAAGUAUUAGAGAUAAAGCUAUUCUGUUCAGAAUUGUAGCAAGUAUGAUGCUUUAAAAAGUGACAGUUAAUUCCAUAUUAGUUCAGACAGCUCAAUAGAACUUAUGCUUUCUUUUUAGAAACCUUCUAUAGUGCAAAUCUAUAGUUAAAAUGUGUUUGAUUAAAAUUUUUAAGUUUUCCUCUCAUUACCCUGGUUGAUGAGGUUUAUGGUAGUUUCCCUUCCUCCCUCCCUCCUUUCCCCUUCCUUCCUUCCUUCCUUUCUUUCUUCCCAUUUAUUUAUUUAAUUAUUUGAAAGGCAGAGUUACAGAGAGGCAGAGAGAGGUUUUUUGUUGUUGUUGUUGAGAUUUAAAAAUAUUUAUUAGAGUCAAAGACCUCAGCCAGAGCAGCAUGGAGGGCGGCUUCUGAGAGAGGAAAAAACCUGAAGGGCCCGUGGCACUGGGGUUUUUAAGUAGAGUUUGGAAAGAAAAAAACCUUGACAAUAAUAUUGGCAUUCAGUUACCAAGUGGGG